UGACUGCCACGAGCCCAUCUCCAGUCCACUAGCCGACCACCAACCGGCGGAGACUCGAGACUCCAGAGCACCAGAGGCGAAGGAGGGGGCAGCGCCGGCAUGGAGGACUUCUACGUCACGAUCCCCUACGGCCUGCUGGUCCUCAGCGGCGGCAUCGCGGGUUACCUCAAGCGAGGGAGCACCGCCUCGCUGGCCGCGGGGGCCGGAUUCGGCGGAGCGAUCCUCCUCGCCGGCGCGCUCAGCGUCUGGGCCUUCGCGCGCGGCGGGGGUGGCGCCGGCGCCGUCUUCGCCACCGUCCUCCAGAUCGUUUGUGCUGUGGUAUUGACUGUUGUCAUGGGAAUAAGAUAUUUCAAAACAAGAAAGAUAAUGCCUGCUGGAAUUAUUGCUGCUAUCAGUGCAAUCGUGUUGAUAUUCUACGUGUACAAGAUAUCAACUGGUGGUAACAAGGAUUACAUCCCGGUGAGUGCCGAGUGAGUCUGCUGGAGCUUGUGAAGACAACAACUUGAUCGCUGCUGUCAUGAUGCGCCCAUCUAGUGAGGCAAACACUGUACCAAGCAAGAUUAUCUCAGCUGUCAUGAUGUGUCCAUCGAUUGUACUCUAGUGAGGCCAACACUGUACUACACUAUUAUACACUAGUUCACUAAUAUUAAACCUUCUCCUUUGCUGCGUGUGGUGCCA